AUGUUGCAGCAGCAAAGGCAACAGCAAUUUGGAGACAUAUCACCAGAUGCGGGCGAGGUACGCGACGGAUCGAAUCUUUCGACGCCCCACGAAAUUAUACCGAAAAGAGAGGCGCAUUUGGAGGCGAAAAUUUGCAACGCCGAAGAAGUGAGUGAGCAGAAAGCCACAGAGCUACAGGCAUCAGCCGAUGAGCGGCAGAACCCUUAUCACACGUUCUGCAAAACAUGUGGCGAGAACUUUGAAACCGAAUUUAAGCUUGGCUUGCAUAUGCUGCAGGAACAUCAGAAUGAUGAGCUGGAGCAGGGUAGCAUUGGCGGCGCUGUGGAGGAUGCACAACAAAAGGCGGAGCACAUGCCAUACGAUAUGCUUGGCGCAGUGAACGUAAAAAUCGAGCGUCCCGACUAUGACAACUCUACGUCUCCACCUGCCGCCGCCUCGAGCAACAAAAAUGAGAGCUCUACACCCAGCCUGCUGACAAAUGGCAAAGAACCCUGGUUGCACGCAAUGCCGGGCAUGGGUUUCCCCUUUCCACCGGAGGCUGCUGCUGCUGCUGCGCUCUCAGCCAGCGGCUAUCUGCCACUCCUUGGCAUGCCUGGCUUCCCCAGCGUCGACGGGUUAAAUCGUCCGCCGUUGCGCAUUUUCAAUCCCGAAGCUUAUUGCGAUCUCUGCAACAAAGAAUUCUGCAACAAAUACUUCCUCAAGACGCACAAGGCCAACAAGCAUGGCAUCUACGAUCCGGCCGUUUCGGGCAGCGGCGAGUGCGGCAACAGCGCUGCGGCUGGUGGGAAUAUAAAUGCCAUGACGCAAAUGUUACAACUUCAAAUGCAACAACAGCAACAACAGCAACAGCAGCAGCAGCACAGCAUGCAACAAUUGCAGCAGAAACAACAACUGGCCUUGGAAGAGGUUCAGCAGAAGCAACUCAGCGCACAAGCAGCCAACAGCGCAACCGCACAACAACUUACACCGCCCGCACCGCCGCCGGUGUAUUGCGACAUUUGCUCAAAACGUUUCACCAAUGUCUUCGCCAUGCGUCGUCAUCGCGCCAAAUCGCACGAACAGCUACCGCGUAACAGCCCUGGUGGCGAGCAGCCGAUACCGACGCCACCACCGCAGCCACCCCAGUCCACAGCGAAGUCAGAUACAGCCGCUGCUGCACAAAAUGAAACGAAACAUGAAUCGGUGGUCACAGAUGCUGCUAGUUCUGGUGCUGGUAAACAGUUCCAAAUGCCCGACGGCUUUCGGCAGGACUUCACGCUCGAACAAGAGGAAGUGGCUUUCACGCCACAACCACGCAAACUAUCGCCGCAAUCGCAACAGCAGGCGCGUGAUGCCAACUUCGCACACGAUAAGCUACGUCGGCUUGGCGUGCUCAAUCCGGAAGCUUUCUGUGAAAUCUGUUGCAAAGAAUACUGCAACAAGUAUUUCCUGCGUACGCACAAAUGGAAGCGUCACGGCAUAUUUGUGCCACCAGACGACGUGAAGGAUGAGCAACUGCAGCUGACGCAGAAGAUAUCAUGGCCAUUCAUGGGUCUGCCGGGCAUGCCGCUGAACUUGAUGAUGGCUGGCGACAAAACGCUUAUGGCACAACGCAUGUUUGCGGCCGCCAAUGCAGCUACUUCCGCCACAGCCAAUGCUAGCGUGGAUGAGACGAAUCAGCACAUGGCCAAACGCAUCAAGCUCGAGCAAGUGGACGAGGACAUAUCACGCGGUAAUGACGAAAAUCAAGAGAAUAACCCUGAGGCUGUGGCGGGUUUGCAAAAUCUCCAAAAGCUCCAAUCAAUGAUACAACAACUCAAUGACUUGAAUGGCAAGCGUUCGUUGGGCUGUCACCUCUGCGGCAGGGAAAUGGAGAACCAAUAUACGCUACAAGCACACAUUGUAACCGAACACGCUGGUCUCUUUGAUAGCAGUGCCAGUACGCUGCCGCUGAACUUUCAGCAACACCUAUUUCAGCAGCAGCAACAGCUGCAGGCCCAACAAGCGCUCAAACUCUCGCCAUCCGGCUCACCAGGUGUUCUACCACCGCUCAACGAGAUGCGCUGCAAUCAGUGCGAUCGCGACUUUGCCAAUAUACAAGAAUUCAAACAACAUAUCGCCGAAGUCCAUCUGCUGUCAGGUAGUCCACUCCGCGAAGGUUUUGUCACACCCGAACGUCCGAUAAACCCGAGUGCCGCAGCCACUAACUCACGACCGCCCUACACCAUCACACCCACCAGCAGCUACUGCGAAAUCUGCAAUAAGGAGCUGUGCAACAAAUAUUUCAUGAAGACGCACAUGCAACGCAUGCACGGCAUCGAAAUCGAGAAUGGCGCACAAAUUGGUGGCGUUGUUUGCAACAUCUGCAACAAGGAGCUUUGCAGCAAAUAUUUUCUGCGCGUGCAUAAACACAACACGCACGGCAUUGUUGAGGAGGGCGCACCGCUGCCGCAACCACGCCAGAACGGGUUGAGCUUCGAGGCUCAACAGCAACAGCAACAGCCGCCGCCACAGUCGCAGCAACAGCCACAACUGCCAGCUGCAGAAAAUGACUACAGUCGCGGACUUAACCAGAGCCCCUUUGGCAGCGGCAACUCCGGCGACUCCAAAUCGGACUACGCCAAUUAUACAGAGGUCUGUGUAAUUUGUACGCGCCGCUUCCGCAGCGCCAAGUGGCUCCGUGGUCAUUUGCUGAGCGAUCACGGAUCGGCGGGCAUUGAAAAACUGCGCGAAAUCGAGCAGCAGUACGGCCCGCUGUGUAAGUCUACUAGCCCCACGCUCAAAAUCCCCAACGGCUCGGGCACCUCCGGACCUAGCGGCGGCGGCGGCGGCGGCAGCACUAGUACAGGUAGCAGCGCCAGUACUGCUGCUGGACUUCUACCGAACCCCACGAAUCUUGCUCAAGCUCUGCAAAACCUAAAUGCGCAACAUUUACUCGGCAACAUGCCCAAGAAUAUGUUACCUGGCAUGUUUGGUGUGGUCGCCGAACAGGCACUCCAAUCGCCGCGUCUGCAAGAGUAUCAGUGCACGAUGUGUCCCUUCACCACUCCCUAUUACGCAUUUCUAUUCAUACACGAACGCUCGCAUUCGCUGCUCGGUGGUGGUGGUGGCGUUGCUGGUGACCUGAGCGCUGCCGCCGCACACGACCAAUUCAUGGGCAGCACUGGUACAAAAGACGAAGCAGGUGGACGUGACGAGGUCAAAUCAAAGGCGGACAGCACUAGUAGUAGCGCAUUAGUGGCGGACGACAAAUUUCAA